ACUGAUAUCCUUUAAUAUAUUUUAGUGUCAUGAAAGAUAGCAUAGUACAAAAAAUCCAAGACUUAUUACCAGUUCCUUUGUGGGUUUCUGUUAUUGUGUUUGGUCCUCUACUUCCAGUUUUUAUUCUCGUCAUAUAUUGUAUCGAUUGGUAUACUCAGUGCAUAAACAUCGAUGCGUCACGUGACACCUGUAAAAAAGCAAAGUCAACAUGAGUGUGCAGACAAUGAGAAAUAUGUUCGCUUCACCUAUCAUAUUUAUCCUUGGUAGUACUGCCACUGGAAAAUCGAAGCUUGGUAUUGAACUUGCCAAGAGGUUAAAUGGUGAGAUAAUUAGUGCAGACUCGAUGCAAGUUUACAAGGGAUUGGAGAUUAUCACUAACAAAGUAAGCGUAGAAGAGCGGGCUGAAGUGACACACCACCUUCUUGACGUUAUAACACCACCUGCAGAAUACUCUGUCAGUGAGUUUCGUUGCGCUGCACUUGAUAUUAUCCAGCAGUUGUUUUGUGCUCACAAACUUCCUGUGGUUGUGGGUGGGACCAAUUAUUACAUAGAAGCUUUAUUGUGGAAUUUCUUAAUGGAUGAUACCAGCUCGCCUGAUAUGCUUCAGACUCGAAAAGAGUUAGGAUCGAAUAAACGAGCAAAAAUAGACGGCGAUACGUUUGAACAACUCAUCUCUGUCGAUCCCGAACGGGCUGCGGAGCUGCAUCCAAAUGACACGCGAAAAAUAGCAAGAAGUUUGCAAGUGUUUCGUACUACUGGAAAAAAACAUUCCGAGUUGUUGAAAGAACAGAGACAGCAACCUGGUGCAAGUCCGUUAGGUGGUCCGCUCCGCUUUUCCAAAGCUCUCAUCUUUUGGCUAACUUGUGACCAAGGCGAGCUGGAUAAGAGAAUAUCAGAGCGAGUUGAUAGCAUGCUGUCUAAAGGACUCGAUGAAGAAGUUACAAAAUUUUACGAGAACUACAGAAAAUCCAAAAAGACGCUAGGUACAGAUAGCACGUUAUAUCAAGAAGGGUUGUUUCAAGCUAUAGGAUUUAAAGAAUUUCAUGAUUAUUUUACAUGCGACGAUAAAGAAAAGGAAGAAGCACAUUUAAGAGAAGGUUUAAGUGCGCUCAAGCGUGUCACUAUAAAAUAUUCUAAAAAACAAAGAACUUGGAUACAAAACCGUUUCUUAUCUCGACAUGGCGAAACCACUCCUGACAUAUACGAGUUGGACGCCACGAACCUGGACACGUGGAAGGCUGACGUUCUGCAAAAAGCUGUCGAUAUUACUCGUGCAUUUCUUGCAAACUCUGAAAUCCCUGUAGCGCCAGUAGAAAAACGAAGUGUUAACCUGAAUGCGAAAAGGAAGUUCAUUUGUGAGACGUGUGGCGGAAGGACGAUAAUGGGAGAGGCGAGUUGGAAGGAGCAUGUUUCUUCGAAGCGGCACAAAUAUUUUAUAAAAAAACAGUUAAAAGAAGUUCUGCCAUCUUGAAAUUUAUUUUAUCAUCGAAUCACUGGAUGUAUUUAACGUUAACGUUGUUUACAUAUUUAAUGACAGAGGACGUUUCAACACAAUAUACACUGAAAUGAAAUAGCGACCUAAGAUGUCUUUGUUGUACCGGAUUCAAUGAAAGUUUUGAACGCAAAAAACUUUCACUGUGUCAAAUUUAAUUCUAACAUGGCAGAUAUUUAAAUAACUCGCCUUGCAUUUAAUAGUUGAUACUAAUACAAAUUCAAAAUAUUUCGCGAUCUAUCUGCUGCCAACGCCCUAUUUAUUGAAUACGCGCUGGUGAGAAGAUGGCACUAAAAUAUUUAUGAAAAUAUUCAGAUAUCAAUCCAA